UGACCUAUUGCAAAAGCGUAUAGACAAGUCAUGGAGCAGAACCGGGAUGCCCUCGCGAAGCCUUGGGAAGGUGUGAAUCUUGGCGGGUGGCUGUUGCUGGAGCCUGGCCCAUCCUAUCCGCUGUUCACACAUCAUUUGCAGAAGGACAAGAGCGAGGCGCGCUGCGAAUGGGACCUCAUGAAGGUGAUGCGCGAGACAAUGGGCAAGCCCGGCGCCUGCGAGGCGAUCAAGUCACACCGGGAGACGCAUACGACCAAGGCUGACUUCCAGCGCAUCCGUGCCUGUGGUCUGAAUGCAGUGCGUUUGCCCGUCGGCUAUUGGGUGGUGACAGAGCCCAGACCAAGAGAGCCUUACGUCGGCCGGGCUUUGGAGUACGUCGAUCGAGCAGUGGCAUGGGCUGAGGAGCUGGGCUUGCAGAUAGUGCUCGACCUGCACGGUUGCCCUGGAGGGGAAAGUCCAGAGGCACCCUGUGGCCGUCGUCAGCGGCCCGAAAGCCGUUGGAAUUGGCGGCACUGGGACUUUGCAGCUUCGCUGAACGUCCUGCAGGUUCUGGCCAAGCGCUAUGCCUCCCGCGCUUGCGUGACGGGAUUGGCUGUGUGCAACGAGCCAUCAGGUGAAAUUCCUGCAAAGGCUUUGAUCUCGUACUAUUCCCGGGCCGUGGACGUCAUUCGAAAGGCUGGCAUGGAUGCGAGCCGUGUCGCCGUGGUUCUCCCGGUCUUCCAGCGCCCUGAAGGCGAAGAGGCCUUCAUGGCGCAGUGGACGAAGACCACGCGCGGCCGGCACCGAAAUGUGUGCUUCGACGUGCACUGCUACCACUGCUUUGAGAACCUCUUCCACGGCAAGACCUUUGCUCAGCAGCUGAGAGCAGUCCAGGAAAACAUUGGGAUGUUCAAGCGAUAUCCCAUGGUGGCAGGCGAGUGGGCGCUGUGUCUUGGCCGAGCUACAUGGAAUACAUGUGGCGAUAUGGACGAGGACAAGGUGAUGAGUAUUUUCGCAGCUCAACAACUGGAGGCCUUUAGGACUGCUUCUCACGGUUCUUUCUUUUGGAACUGGAAGGAGGAUCCGGAGAACAAGGAUUGGCACUUCCAGCAGGCCUACGACCAGGGCCUCCUGAAGCGAGCCCCUUUGGCACUUCCGAGCUGGGAUGGCACAGGCGAAGAUCCCCUGGAGGAGAUGCUGCAUCCGUCUCCGGAGGAUCCUGUGGUUUACUACGGUGACACCGUCUUCCUGCGUGUCUUCCAUGGCAUGUACAUCGAUGUGCAGGGCCGUAGCGUAGACUGCCGCUGGUCAGACAAGGGAGAAUGGCAGGCCUUCUCCUUCUGUGAAGUGCUGAAAGAUGGCAAGUCUGUGGAGUCGACCAGGCGCGCUGUGAGGCACCGCGACGUCGUGCGCAUCCGUGCGAGCAACAACCACUACUUGUCAGUGACAGGCGAUGCCGCUCAAGGAGCAGCUGUGGUUGCCAGUCGAGCCAAGCGUAGCCAAGAAGGGGAGUUCGAGGUCUUUCUGGAGAACUCUGCGGUUCUGAAGCACCGGGGCAUCGCGUACUUCCUCAGCCGGGCAUCUGCCACGGUUUUGGAUGCCGAUGAUGCGUCAGAUGGUGUUUUCGCCCGCUGGGCCGACUUCGGACACUGGCAGGCUGUGGCAGUGGAGAGGCCAUCAGAGCUGCAGCGGCCUGUGGCACUCCCCAGCCCCAGGAAUCGCAGCAAAGGGCACUCAGGGCAUUCAGGGCAUCGUGGUUCCAAAGACAGUCCUGUGAGGGAUGGACCGGCUCUGAAGCGCAAAGCAGAGGCGCUGACGUGCGCUGACUAGGGAACGACAUGAAUUCGACGUGUGCACAGUUGUGUAUACUUUACCAUGCAGGGGUUUAAGCAUUUAUUCCCUAGCAGCAUUGAAGUGCAGGACUUUGAGAAGUGCACAGGACAAUCCAGUGGA